AUGAGUUACGUCGCUAAGGGUGAAAAAGAAUACGACGCGACUGGGGCACCAGUCCCCGGAGUCAAACUCCACAAAAUCCGCAUCACAUUGACCAGCAGCAACGUCAAGAACCUCGAGAAGUUCACUGGCGACCUGAUUAACCGGGCAAAGGACAAGCAGCUCCGUGUCAAGGGCCCCGUCCGUCUCCCCACCAAAGUCCUCCGCAUCACCACCCGUAAGACCCCUUGCGGUGAGGGUUCGAAAACCUGGGACCGCUACGAACUGAAGGUGCACAAACGUCUCAUCGACCUCCACUCGUCCAGUGAAAUCGUCAAGCAAAUCACCAGCAUUAGCUUGGAGCCUGGCGUCGAAGUCGAGGUUACCAUCUCUGCCUGA